AUGUGUUCAAUCUCUUGGUGUUUGUGUGACUGUUCGUGGCUCUGUCUUUGCCAGGAGGAGGUGUUUCCUGCACUGUAUGAGUCACAGUGUGUUUCUCUAACUGUUGCUGGCUGUGUCUCUUCUCUGUUGGCAGGCACGUUAGUGAUGCAGGUGACAGCCAAUGACUCAGAUGAUGACACCACAGCCAAUGGGAUGGUGCGCUACAGGAUCCUGUCCCAGACCCCCCACAUGCCCAUCCCCAACAUGUUCACCAUCAACAGCGAGACGGGAGACAUCUUCACCGUGGCCGCGGGCUUGGACAGGGAGGUCAGUAGCACAACACGGCCGCACUGUCUGUCAGGGGGCGGGGGGGGGGGGGGGGAGGAAGGGGCAUUGACAUCCUGUUGGAUCAGUGUUCAUGUCAGCCAGUUACUGCACAUCCACAUGGUUACGGUAUGUUGUUGGUGUGUACUGUGUCACCUCACAUCUCAUGGCAGAGGUACCAUAUCAAACUAAGUAAUUAUAUUAGAUAUAGUCUGACAGUGGAUGAUGUUCCCAUUCCUAUAAGUCACCGCUCCUGUACACCAGUCAGUCACCUUCUGCCCUUAAUAACUAACUCAGGAUUCCCUCUCUCCCUCGACUAAAUCUUAACCAUUAUGAGCAAAAUAGUCUGACAGGGUUGGGGUUGAUUCUUAUCUAUAUUCCAGUCUAUUCAGGAACUGAAUUGAAUUAUUCAUGUGUAGAGACUUUUCAUGUCCAAUUCAGUUGACAGGAGUUGAAAUGGAAUUGACCCCAACCCUGCAAACAGUACUACUAAUGGCUAUAAAAUACCAACACGUGCUGGCCCUCCUGGAGGGGGUCAAGGGAAUGGAUUUCACCUGAUUUAUCCUCUACCUUCCUUGUGUCGCACUCCCACAGGUGAUGUGCCCCCCCACCCCCUCCCUUCUUAGAUCGCUAAUGAGGGAGGUCACGGAGGAUCAACUCUGUUUAUCCCAUAAUGUAUCAGUAAGCUGCCAGCAGAGUCUUUUAUGAGAAGCUGUUCUCACCCUGCAGUCUGUCUCUUGCAGUCAGUCUCUUACAGUCAGUCUCUCAGACUCACACUCCUAAUACUCCUCUGUGGCCUGACAUUCAGAGGGAAAUACGACCGCCAAUCCUACUCCUAAAUGUUCCAAAGACACAAAAUGAUAACAUACUGUAUCAUUAUGAUAUUAUUAGUCUGAUGAUUUUACCGCUGACAUAAAAGCACUAGUGCUGAGUCUAAACCUUUGAGCUCUGGCAACACGAGAAAGUCUCAUAACGUUUAUAUUCUGAGAUUUCCCAAUAGUCCCACUUGGUAAUAGCUCCAUCCUGACCAUCCUGUAGAAACCCGACGGAUUUGACCUAUAUUGGAAACAAGACUGGUAUGGCUACCAGGUUUAGUUGCUUAAUAUCUGAUUUGUCUGUGAAUAUUGAGGAAAAUAAACAAUCACAAUUGCAUCCAGGUUCUGUAUGCAUAUAUGCAUGCAUGUUACUCAUUCAAGUAUACAUGUUAAACAGUAAAGCGUUGACAGUAGAAAUCGUCUGCAGUUAAUGCAGGGCCUGUUUCCCUGUCCCCUGGUCUCCCCCACAGCUGAACGGAUGGGAGUCAACCUCAUUAAUCUAAAUAGAGCAGCAGCUCCAGCAGCCCAGUCUCACCUGCCUCUCUCCCUCUGAUCCUCCCCCUAAAACUGGGACACACCUGGGUGUUCACCCACCUACACUCAAGGUCACACACAUAAGUACACUCUCAGGCAUUAACAUACAUGUAUGCAUGCACACACCCGCACGCACGCACACACACACACACACACACACACACACACACACACAGCGAUGUAGCAGCUAAUGCUCUUCAUCAGUUGCACUAGAGACUAAAUGGAAUAUUCAUGUGUUAAUUAAGGGGUGAGUGAGCCUCUUCAGUGUGGAGAAGAGCAGGGGAACAGGAAGGGCACUUCAGUGUCACCCAGCCCUGAACACUCCUGAAUGCCAAUUACCCUGCCACUCACUGCAUCCCUGACCUCACCUCUUCUGUGCCCUCGUGCCACUGCAUGUUUCAGCACACUGGUUAACAAGCAGGGCUAAGCUGUCUCUGGGUCCCUCUUUCUCUGCCUGAGAAACAGAGCUACUGUACAUUAAGAAGCUACGGUGUCUGUCUCUUGUGCUGGUGGCUAAUGGGCAGCAUUUGUUAGUCCUGGUCCUGUAUGAGGUAGCCUGCUGAGUGUGAGAGAGUUGUGCUGUCCUGUGUGCCACAGAUGGACUGGGCUGUCUCAGUGCUCUCUAGGCCUGGCUGGAGUGGCAGGUCCGUUGCUUUUCAUUCCCCCAGGCUACUGCAACCUCUCUGGAGCCUAGCUGUGCACGAUGCUGGGCGGCGUGGCUGACUCGUGUCAGCUCCAGGUUGGAGCGUGUCAGCUCUGCUCUGCCUGAUUAGGGCAUUGAUCUGGCACUGUAGUCAGUGUUUGUGAGUGCCUACAGACUGUCCCCAUGGGGGAGGAGAGGCCGGGUGGGGGACAAGGCAGGGCACUGGGCACCUACAGGGGCUUGGAGGUGCCAUCUCCAGGGGACUGAGUAUCACUCCUUCAGCCUGGGGAAGUGGUUAACCAUUAGGGGCUCCCUCUGGAGAAAGGUUUGUGUUUGGCAUAUCUGGGGGGCAAGUGUCUGUGCAUAAGGGUGUAUCUGAGUGUUUGUGUGACUGUAUUUAAUGUGUCAUGAGUGUAUCAUAUUGGUCUGUCGUAGCCGGCCGCGACCGGCACAAUUGGCCCAGCGUCGUCCAGGGUAGGGGAGGGAAUGACCGGCAGGGAUGUAGCUCAGUUGGUUGUGAGUUCGAUUCCCACGGGGGGCCAGUAUGAAAAUGUAUGCACUCACUUAACUGUAAGUCGCUCUGGAUAAGAGCGUCUGCUAAAUGACUAAAAUGUAAAUGUAAAUGUCUGGGUGUGUAUGUGUAUUGUAUGUCCAUAUGCCUUUGUUUUUAAUACAGUGUAUUUAGCAGGAGCUCUGUGCUCCAUCUUCCUCAGAGAGCUGCAGUGAAUGGGAGGGAGGGAGUCUCUCUGGGUUAAAUGUGAGUCAGUGGCUGUUUGAGGGAGAUUGUUAGUGACAGGGUAAUCACUGUGGUCAGAACCAGACUGACAGGCCAGAACACAAACCACAGAACAAAUACGGAAAGUGCUAGUUCAGUGCUCAUUCACGCUCGCUUUGUCUUUGUCACAUGUUCAGUCUGCCUAACACACAAAGCACAAACAGACACAGCUCAGAUUAAAUUCAUUCUCCAUUAAAGGGAUUCUCCAGUACUUUUGUAUACUUUUUAGCCAGUAGUUCUGAAAGUAGUGCUCUUGAGCCAAAAGUGGUCCCCGAAAAUGGUGUACUAUGUCACAUACAGUAUGUGCACCACGUCAUUGCUGUCUCUCUCUCUCUCGCGCCAAACAGCGAACAUUAGACAACCAUUUCAGGAUUUAAUUUGACCUUUUUUGUUAAAAGGAGUGCUGGCCAUUGAGUUCUGUUAGCCUGUAGCCUUUUGCGCUUUCUGUACUCUCCGGUCUCAUUCAGUUCCUGUGUAAAGGAUCUAAUUUUACCUCAGAGUUUGCAGCAGUGUUCUGUUCUUAUGGCCCUAGAUGCCUUUCAACCCUUCCCAUUCAAGUCCAAGGGCUUAGGCCCGUGGGAAAAGCGCUGCUUUUGUUCUGUUUGGUGAAAGAAGAAGGCGUAUUUCCUUUCGUGAGUUGGACUCUCUAAUCUAACAGAGAGACUUAUUUUCAAAGAUCUAUAAGACUCAUUAGAGACCCCUUUAAUGGCUUGUUAGGGCAGACACAAUGACGGGAGGGAGAGGCUAGAAGAGUGUGUGUGUGCUGGGUUAAACUUCUAACAAAGUGCUGCAGGACAACAUGUCCCAUUCCCCCUACUGUGUCAGAGUGCCACCUGCUGUUGGGCUUAACACUCCUUUCCAUGCUUGAUCAAACACCAUGCACGUCUGCUACUAAGAGUCAGGCUACCCACAGGACAGCAGCUAUCCAGGACUACUGUUACCCUGAUGUAGCUGAAUCAUAGUCUGAAGAGAGUGUAAAGGGUCUAAUUACUGCAGUGCACUAUGAGAAUAGAUGUUAUUGAUAUUUCAUUAUGGCUGUAAUAAACCGCAGCCCAUAUUGAGUUUUCAUUAAUAGAGAUGGUCUAGUUCAAAUUAACAUGUGGAGCGAGUCCUAAUGACUCUGCAGAACUUUAAAUGACUCUAGGUGAGUUUAAGUGCUUUAAAAAGCCUCGCUGGAUCAACUGACCUGACUAUUAAGCACACUGCUCCCUGAGCAGAGAGAGAGAGAGAGAGAGAGAGAGAGAGAGAGAGAGAGAGAGAGAGAGAUAGAGAGAGAUAGAGAGAGAGAGAGAGAGAGAGUAGGAUAGAGAAGAGAGAAGCUCUAGAGAUAGAGAUAUCCUAAUACGAUAGAGAGUAGAUCGUCUGAAUAUCUCUCUCUCUCCGAGCUGCGUAGAUUCUAUCUCGAUUGCAUCGCGCUCUAUCCUGAUCUCUAUUUCUCUCCUGCGGAGAAAUCGUCUUCUCUCUCUCGCUCUCUCGCUCCUCCCUCCUCUCUCUCUCGAGCUCUCCUACUCCGAUCUUCUCUCUCUACUCUCUCUCUCAUCUGCGAGAUCUCUCUCGAAUCUCAAUCUGUAUCUGAAAUUGCAUCUUUACCCAGCAUUUUACUGGCCUCCAUCAGGGUUCAUUGGCCAUACCCAUACAGGUCCUGACCCAAUAGCUGUUAUAGGCUGUGUACUCGAGGUCAACACUGCAGAACUGGCCCAGUGAUAGCAGGGCUACUGAAUGGUGGAAGGCUUGAAAAGAGAGGCCUUUUCAGCUGAACAGGGUAAAACUUUAUUUGGAUAGUCCAUCUACAGACUAUCAGUAACAUUUCAACUAACCUUAACCCUUAUCCUAACCCUAAACUUAGCCCUUACCCUAGCCCUAACCUUAACUCUUACCCUUAUUCUAAACCUAGCCCUAACCUUAGCAAGCAGUUGCUUAUCAACAGAUAGUUUGUUGAUAUUAUGACCUGUAGAGCAUCUACCGAUGGAAAAUCCGGACUAUCCCAAAUAAAGUGUGACCGAACACAGCAGCAGGCUAGGCUGGGCUUUCAUCUCCUCUCCUCUUCACACUGACUGACCUGUCCUUGACGUCCAGUCUCCACACCAGCACAAUAGGGGGUUUAGCCAAAUGGAUUAAUGAGAGCAGAGAGGAGCGGCGACUCUGAGAGGCUUACAGGGAGAGACCAGGGGAGAGCCUGGGUGACUGGAGAGAGAGAGAUGGACUGGGGAGAGGGGUGAAACCAUUGCUGCACUGAUGGACACAGUGAAUUUUCAGCACCAUGGACAGCAGCAAAGUGUAAAUGAGUUUUGUUUUUGAGUCAAAAAAAGAAAUAAUGCAUCUGUUCGUGUUGUGAGAGAGGAGGAGGGAGAGAGAAAGAUAAAAAGAGAGGAGAAGACAGUGUCUCUGCUGUGUCUUCUCAGUGUGAAUGCAUGUUAUACUGUUUGAUGUCAUGAUUGACUGUUCUUUCAAUGGUGGUCUUUACUGCAGCACCGCCUCUAGCUGUUCUCUACCAUCUAACUGGGCUAAAUAAUGUCCAUUCACUCUCUUUAAUAUUUGCAGCAUAGUGGUUCUUCUUAAAGUGAUGGCACCUCCAUUAGAAUGAGUGAUGAUCAGGGUUGCUCAGAGAGCUAAAAGCAGGGACUUGUAGGCUAUAAUGGAUGAGCCUUUCACUCGCACCCAUUGCUCCCUCACUUCCUAAGCCUUUGUGUGUGUGUGUGUGUGUGUGUGUGUUCAUGAGUUGCACAUAAGUGUGUGUAUCAGAUUCAGAGCUGUUUGUGCUAGUUAUUAAUUUGUUUGUUUGUCAGUCAGCCCACCUACCUACAGUAUGCUCAGAACUACCUUCACCCUCUAUGAGCUCUUAUUUAACUAACAUGAAUGUGGUGUGUCUUUCCAGAAAGUGUCCCAGUACACCAUCAUCGUCCAGGCCACGGACAUGGAGGGGAACCUGAACUUUGGCCUGUCCAACACGGCCACCGCCCUCAUCUCUGUGACCGACAUCAACGACAACCCUCCCGAACUGACCGCCAGGACGGUGAGUCUCCUCUCCACCCCAGGACUGACCUCUACUGUAGGGCCACACAUCUGUCUUCAUGACAGGAUAACAUCUGCUGAUGGAUAUUCACCAGGGCAGUGCCCCAACUCUGUUGUAGACGCAGUCCAUGUGUCUGAUGCUAUCUUAGAGAACAAGAGGUCAUGGCUCUUUGACAGAGGAGCGGGGCAGAGACAUGUGGAGAGAUAAACAGCAGGCAAAGACAAAUAGGAAGAAAGGGGUCAGAGGGAAAGAGGGAGCUACUGAAGUAAAGGGAGAGUGGGUCAGAGCGACAUAUGGAGGGACAAAGAGGGAUGAGAGAGAAAGAUCAUAGGCUGUUUGGUUAUAGGAGCAGCCCUCCCUCCACUCUUUCUGCCAGCAGCCUCUCUGGUGGCCAUGGUUUGUCUGCAGGCAUCUGGUCCCAGUCCCAUACACAUCCGCACUGGAGGCUGCCUGACUUCUUCUGGCCCACUUUAGUGUGUGUGUGUGUGUGCAUGUGGGCGUGCAUCAUAAGGGAGGAGUAGUCUCUCCCUUUGUUGGUCUUUCUUUCUUUCUCUCUCUCUCUCUCUCUCCCUCCCUCUCUCCUUUUUCUGUAUGUCCAUCCAUCUGCAGAGAGAGGAGUGUGUCCACGUCACACACUGCCUCCUCUGAUAUGUGAUCCAUCUCUCGGUGGCACGGCGGCAUCAUCACUGAGUGUGCCAGGCAGGCAGCUGUGUAGUUCCAGCCGGUUGCUCUGAUAAGAGGCCCCAGCUGUCAGAGACUAACCCACUGAACAACGCCUCAGACCGCUCUGUCCUGUCUCUGUCACUCCCCUCUCACAGGGGAACACUCAAACUUCCACACUGCCACACUCCUCUUUACUCUACACUCUCUACUCUCUCCACUCUUCAGUCUUUGUAUGCUGUUUGCUGUUGUAGGGUCACUGGAUUAUCAGACAUGGUGUUAGGCAGUGGUGGGAAAAGUACCCAAUUGUCAUACUUGAGUAAAAGUAAAGAUACCUUAAUAGAAAAUGAUUCAAGUAAAAGUGAAAGUCACCCAGUAAAAUACUACUUGAGUAAAAGUCUAAAAGUAUUUGGUUUUAAAUAUACUUAAGUAUCAAAAGUAAAUGUAAUUGCUAAAAUAUACUUAACCCUUUGACACGUACCAACAAAUGGGUGUGAUCAUUCUAAAGUGGUCUCUGCAGCAUACGCUCAAACCAGUGUGAUUAGAAGGCUUAUUUAGAACGUCCAGUUUCGAUUGACGCAACAGUCAGCGUUUGAGCUGGCCACACUGUUUUUUCACAGAAACAUUUUGCACAAACACAGUCCUUACACAGUUAUGUCCUGAAUGUGACCAGUUUAUUUUUGGAUGCAAUGUUCAGACAUUCACAGAAGUAGCAACAGCAUACACAAUCAUCCAAACCGGAAAAUGUAGGCUACAUUAGUCCUAGCGCUUACUGAGGAAAGAUUGACAUUACACAAGCGUAUUUAGCAAACUCUCAGCUGACAGAAACCACAAUUUGAAUUAGCUAAUAGCAAUUACUAUUUACAAUUCAUCAUAUCAUGGGUGAGCUCUCCAUUUAUUUAAAUAAUUGAGUAAAACACUUUCUAAAAAUCUAAACUAAUCCGAUGAUGGGUAGUUUGUGCGCGCCGCCAUGUUUGCUUUUUUUGCCUCAACCAAAGAUAAGAAGAGGAGACAAGAUGAGUUUGGUCUGUUUGCACUAUGCAUGUUGAAGGGGGCGUGUCGUCUACGAUCAUUCACUUCCCUUCAUGCACUUCCGGAAGUUUACUCGAAAGAUGAGUGAACCAUUCCUUCACCUCAUUUUGUUCUAACAUAUUUGAUCUGACAGACGUUUAAGUGACACCCAGAAUGCAUUGUAUGAUGUCAACAAACAUGGAGCCACAAAUACUGUAGAAAGCAAAUAACUUAGCAUUAGCUCAUCAUAAUCAGUACAACCUUGAAAAAAGUAUUUGUCUAUUACAAUCUAUGCAAGAAUCGGAAUGCAUGAUUUGUCACCAGUACUUGAAAACAUGUGAAUAAAACUGUAAAUACAUUAUGCUCCACAUACUGUAUGCUACAGUAGAAACGACAACAUGAUAUACAGAAAAUAAGGCACUUACUUUGAUAGGAACGCACACACGUCCAAAGUUAUUAUUUGUAAGGAAAACAACAAUGAAGGCAAUGCGGGCGCCAGACAGAAAAUGUUCCAGGGGGAAAACGUUUGUGCAAGACUGCACAAAUGUCUGCAUACUUGAUCUGCGGAAACACUGGGGAAGUGCUUGGGCUCUGGUUGAAGAGAGAAGUUUGUCCAGCUCAGUAAAUCCUCAAACAUAAUUUGUCCGCAUCAGUGAAAUGGGCUACUUCCUAUGUGUAUUAAUGAGGAGUUGGAACACACCUCAAUUGAAACUGUUGUUAGAAAAUAAAACUUGCUAGAAAAUAAUUUGAAAUUGACAAGUUGAAACAUAGAUAAAUAGCAGGCAGUGUCUUGGUUUGAGGGUAGCGUGGGUUAACUGUCCUGUUGUGUAACAAUUACAUUUGGGAACAGUGAGUGCAUUCUGACAUCACGUACAUAAACAAACUCACGCUGGGGCGUGAAAAGGGUAAGUAUCAAAAGUAAAAGUAUAAAUCAUUUCAAAUUCCUUAUAUUAAGCAAACCAGACGGCACAAUUACAUUUUUUAUUUUAUUUACGGAUAGCCAAGGGCACAGUCCAACACUUAGACAUCAUUUACAAAUGAAGCAUUUGUGUUUAGUGAGUCCGCCAGAUCAGAGGAAGUAGGGAUGACAAGGGAUGUUCUUUUGGUAAGUGGUGAAUUGGACCAUUUUCCUGUCCUGCUAAGCAUUUGAAAUGUAAUGAGUACUUUUGGGUGUCAGGGAAAACGUAUGGAGUAAAAAGUACAUUAUUUUCUUUAGGAAUGUAGUGAAGUAAAAGUUGACAAAAAUAUAAAUAGUAAAGUGAAGUACAGAUACCCCCCAAAAACUACUUAAGUACUACUUUAAAGUAUUUUUACUUAAGUACUUAACACCACUGGUGUUGGGUGGAGGGAGAGUGUUGAGUAUCCUCACUGCCUCACUGUGUUUAGAACCACGUGGCAUUGCAGGAGAGAUCAUGAAUUAUACCAGCAAUAGAAGAACCAGGAUGACAAAGAAGGAGAAAGAAACAAGCUCUGGAAACAUGGUUUAGAACACAUGGUUUAGAACACAUCAUGGACGGCUUGUUCAAUAGGGCGAUAUGGGCGACGCACUGCCAAACGGGAAAAGGAAGGGAUUUUUUUUCUAAUCAAUUAUAUCACGGCAACGGCAGUUAUCAGUGUUCACGUCUGAUCUGCCAGCCACUAAAUGUCAAAUCAGGCUAAAGUCGUGCUUCAAAUGGCCCCGCCCGUUUUUUGGGCGAUUUCAGUCAGGUUGAAAAUCGCCCAGAAGUCUCUCAUAGCCUGUCAUGUAAAAUCUAUUUUUUUCACAUUUCAAAGCUUUCAAUACAUUCUCUAUGGGUGUCUGUGUGCAUGCACUUACGCGCUUUCGUCAUACGUGACGUAACGUUGAACGUAACUAAGACAAUGGCGGCUACCAGCGUCUAUGUUGCGACCUGCUGUGUGGCGUUAUUUUAUUUUUUUAAUUUGUAGACUUAGUUUACAAACAUUCUGCAAACAUUCUGCUUUGGACUGAUCUUCGGUUUUGGACUGAUCUUGUUGAUCGUGUACAUACCCGCUACGAACGGACUAAAUAAUGAAAACGCUGCUGGCAGCAAAAUCCCAAUACAGCUGGGAGACUUGACUGGAUGACAGAGUCCCGGACAGAGAGGUGGAGCCGGCCACCUUCACCCUGGACAGAGCGGACCGCGAUCCUGGUAAGAGAGCGACUCUGUACCCCGACAUUGAACUGCUUUCUGUGUCAUUGAACCUUACUAUUGUUGAUAAAACAAGUUUACUGGAGAACGGAGAAAAAGUAGAGACUUUUGGACAAGGUGGAUAAUUGUAUAAUAUAAGGCAGUUUAUUCAGAGGUAAAGAUAUCUGGAAUCGCGUGCACGGACCCGUUCGUCAAACUCGUAGGGAGUUUAUCAGAAGAGCCCCUAAACAUUGUGUGCUGACAUUUUAUACAAUAAAAUGAAGUAGGUUGAAUCUAGUAGUUCUGAUCUUCUGAUUGGUCCUGAUGAGUUGGGCGAUGUCACCUCCAGGCUAGUGUCACUGUUGCAUUGGCUCUGAGUCGGGUUCUCUGUCUUCAGAUGUUCAGCCUAAGAGAAGAGGAUUUGUGUGUGUGUGUGUGUGUGUUUGUUAUCAGUGUGUGUGUGUGUGUGUGUGUGUUUGUUAUCAGUGAUGAUGUGUGUGUGUGUGUGUGUGUGUGUUUAUCAGUGAUGAUGUGUGUGUGUGUGUGUGUGUGUGUGUGUGUGUGUGUGGGUGUGUGUGUGUGUGUCCUCAGGGCAAGAACACGUGAGUUGGAAGAACUGAGAGACCUAUGGCGUGGGUGUUAUCCUUAGCCACCUGCUGACAAGGCUGACAAGAUAGGACUCUUGUUCAUUGUAUUGAAUACAAAGGCCCAACACAAAAUGGGUCAUGCACAAGAUUUUAGUCAGACCAAGCUAUAACAUUAUAUAUUUACUACGACAGUACAUUCAACCAAAAGCUAAUAUAACAAAGGCAUCAGAGAUUAUUUAUAAUCUGUCACAGAAACUGGAAUCCAUCUCCCCAGAUCAGUCAAUAAAUGCUUCUGGUAUUGACUUAUAUGCUGCCCCUGUCUUCAUGUUGUUGCUGGACAUAUCUUUUUUUAAAUGUGUGUAGGUCACCUAAAUCAUCAGAAAAAUUGCCCCUCCUGAGAAUUUUUUCAGGAGCCGCCACUGGAACACAUGGUUUAGAACACAUGGUUUGGAACACAUGGUUUAGAACACAUGGUUUAGAACACAUGGUUUAGAACACAUGGUUUGGAACACAAGUGUCAAACUGUGUGUUCCAACAGUAACAGAUGGAUGGGCCUCUGUUGUGGAGGGACAGUGGUUAUUGUGGUGCAGAGGACAGGAGAGGGAGGAAGAGAAGACGAGUGGGGAAAGCAGAGGACAUGUUAGUCAUAUUGAGGCAGCUGUCUUACUAUCUUACUGCUGUCUAUUUGACACGCACGCACACACACACACACACGCACGCACGCACACGCACGCACGCACGCACACACACACACACACACACACAGCUUUACCCGCAGGCACACACACACACACACACACACACAGCUUUACCCACAGGCACACACAUACACAUUUUCCUAGAAGAUUGCAGUAUUAUCCAGGUUCUCUGUUGCUUUGUUUGUCAAUUCCUUUUCUUCUCUUUCCACAGAGCAAACUCCACUCGGAGCAGUUCAGUAAUUAUUUGUGUAUGACAGACGCAGGAAAGCAUGUGCAUCUCUCAACGGGAAAUGGAGAGAAAACAUAAGCACACUAAUUAAGUAAAAUUGCUUGCAGGGGCGUAAACCAAGCAGAUAUAUUGCUUCUCAUUUGAAAAAAAGCCAAAUGUUUUAUUCAUUUGAGAACAUGGGCAUGAAUAUGAGAGUGUGAUGUUCGUCAUUAUGUGAAAAACAAAAAGACAAUGGUACUUGCCACAACUCAUUAGGCUGCUUUCAGCGACUGUAUAAUCUCACUCUCCUAGGGUUAUGGUAAUGAGAUCUAAUCAAGUGCAUCACACUCAAACUAAACUAUAUACUCCUGCCGACGUUUUCAAUUCAUAUCCACAAUGAUCGGUGUUUGGAGCUGUAGUCUGUAGGUUCAGAUGUUCAAAUAUCAGCCAGCUAGAUUCCAGUAGGCCUUAAUAGCAUGCUAUUCCUGGUUUACCUGAAGAGCGUCCGUGUCUAGCGGGCUAGUUGUCUCUCAUACAUUGUAGUUUUACUGAGGCUUAUUACUGAAGAACAGUCAGGGGCAUACAGAUGUAGGAUCUUAAUUUGACCUAUGUAUAUUGUCACAGCAAAAUAAUCCUGUAGCAACAGGAUUGGAACGUUUAGUCCAUAAUGUUUUUUGAUCGGUGGUUAGGCUAUCAGCUGGCCAAAAGUAGGCUACAUGAAAAGUGCAAUACGGUGAAAUACAGUGAAUUUAUGUCAAUCACAGCGCUCAUCUGCAUUUCCUGCAGUGCAGUAAAAAUUCUCAGCAACAAAAGAGUGAUCAAAUUAAGAUGCUAUAUGUGUUGGCACAGCAGGCUUCAUUGGCUGUUAGUGAUAGUACAUGUGCCACUGCAUGUGGCACUAGUGUGAUAUGAAAAAAACAGAAAUAAUGUGGGUUGCCAAGGGCUCCAUCACCGUCACAAUGAGGAUAUAAUAAUACCCAUAAAACUGAUUUAACUGUGCACCAUUCUACUCAGAGAGAAAAAUUUUAAGAGUUGUUUUUAAGGGCAUUUUUAUUCCCACUUCUUGCUAACAUUAUUGCACCUUUGUUGUUGUUGUUGUUGUUGUUUUCAACCAAGACCAUGCUUCUAUUGGGAAGAGUAAAAGAGCCCGUAGAGCCGUGUUGAGUUGUGUAGCUGAUUCUCUUGUCGUGAGAGAGGUAAAACAGAAUGCAGGACUAUCGUCUCAAAACGCUGCAUUAUUACAAGGCUCAAUUCUUAUAUUAUUCAGUUAUUCUCAAUUUAAUCUCCAAUUCUGUUAUUAGUAGCAGUUGAGUGGAACGGAUUCCCAGUAAGGGUUGGGGUCUGUUCCAUUUUGAACUGGAUCUGCAUCCUUUUGACUUUCAAAGUCAAACUUUGAUGCAUGAAUUAAAUUGUAGUUUACCAUUCUGAAUUGAGCGUAUCCUCUGUCAUUUUUCAAUCAGAACCCAUUGAUGGGCCCUCCAGUUCCCUAACCAGUAACCAGAGGAGGCUCCCAUCAGGCUCUCUUGUUUGACUCUCUGGCUGCUUAUCAGACAGACCACCUACUUUCAAGGGUGAGGACAUCUUCCCAGAGCUCUAUCAUCCAGUUAGAACCGUUCCAUAAGGUUUUAAAAAACACAUCUAAUUCUGCCUCUCCCUCUCUCUCUCCCAACGUUGCCAUACAAGCUUGGAAGGUUUUUUUCCUGUCUGUGUUGAAGCUCGAAGAGAAAAUGAAAUAGAGGAGCCCACACACCACAGAGAAUGUGCAUAUUUAAUUUGUUCUGUGCUUAUCGGCGUGGCGAUGCUGCGGGGGACAAGGGCUAGGGAGGAGGAGGGGGGUUUGAAUGCAGCCCCAGCGCCAUGAUGAAGCCAUUAGAGUGAACAGCAGCUGGCAGACACACACCAUAAACCAGUUAACGCAUCACAAGAGGAAACAGGGAUUACUGUCUGACAAUAAAAGCCGUGGUGUGUGUGUGUAUUGUGUGUGUGUGUGUGUGUGUUGUGUGUGUGUGUGUGUCUCGAAUAUGAAAGAGACCGCUGCAGAAUGUGGUCACUUUGUUUGGACUAAAUUCCUGUACAGUAGGUUUUUGUGUAUGCCGUUUUUGCUCUGGCUAUACCUCUGAGUUUUCUGUAUCAUUGAGUGAACUGAAUAGUUUUAGAUUGGAAUAUAAUGAAGAUCAUUACCCAAAGAUGGUUCAGGCCAUCCAUUUAAUUACAGUACUUAUUUAAUUUCUUAAUUGGUAAAUGUGCAGAAUUAAAUGUAAAUGGGUAAACACUUCAUUGAACAAAUCCAUUGGUUUGAAUUAAGAUUUUGUGACGAGUACUGAGGAUACGAAGAGGCAGGACGCAGACGCAGGAAUCAACAAUGUAAAGGUUUACUUAACACUGAGCAAGAGAACAACAAAGAGCGAGUACACGACAAGUCACUAACAAUUACACACAACACAACACUGAACAGUCCAGGGCUAUAUAGGGGUUGUGAUGAGAUGAUGAGGCGCAGGUGCGCUGGAGGUGAUAGGGUGCGUUGGGUUUCCAUUCCGGUGUUGCCGAGGUGGUGCGCUCAGACCGCUGUCUCAGUAGACCGGCAAAUCAGAGCGCUGGAGGGGAGCAACGGGAGGAGAUGUGACAGAUUUCCACACAUUGGCAUUCAGCACUAUAAGGAACGGCAUUAUGGUAGUUAGCAAGUUGGGUACUACCAAAGCAUGUCCAGAGUGCAUAAAAGGGCAUUACUGUGACUCAACGGUCACGUGGAAUUUUACUGCGGUCAUGACUCAUAACUGCCUGUCUCUAUUAUCCAAAUUCAUAAAAAAUAUCUCACUUUCUCUCACAACCUCCCUCCCUCUCUCUCUCUCUAGUUUUCAGGGGAGGUCCCAGAGAACAGGGUGAAUGUGGUGGUGGCCAAUCUGACAGUGAUUGACAGGGAUCAGCCUCACAGCCCCAACUGGGCUGCCCAGUACCGCAUCGCCAGCGGAGACCCCCAGGGUCACUUCCUCAUCCGCACCAACCCUGUCAACAACGACGGCAUGGUCACUGUGGUCAAGGUAGGGAACUACUUCACUGUUUUAAAUAAACAACUCCAAGUGCUAAAUUAUGAUUAACUUUGGUUCCAUAUUGAUAUGGGUGCAUUUUAGUUAUUUAAUUUCUCUUUCCUUUCUCGUUCAUCUCUCUCUCUCGCUCUCGCUCUCUCCCUCUCCCUCCAGCCGGUGGACUAUGAGCAGAACAGGGCCUUCAUGCUGACGGUGAUAGUCUCUAACAAGGCCCCACUGGCCAGUGGGAUCCAGUCUUCUCUCCAGUCUUCAGCGGGGGUCACCAUCUCCGUACAGGAUGUCAACGAACCCCCUGUCUUCCCCUCCAACCCCAAGUCCAUCCGUUUCGAGGAGGGUGUCCCUGCAGGCACCACACUCACCGUGUUCGCUGCCCAAGACCCUGACCUCUUCAUCCAUCAGAAUGUCCGGUACUGAAUGAUCACUGUUAGGAACUACAGGGCCUGGGCUUCAUUUAGGAUAGAUGCUGAUUGUAUUUUGCAUCGCCGUCAUAAGACUGAACCACUGCCUUCUGUGACAUUCUUAACUGACCUGCUCCCAAGACUAAAGUCCAUUAAUUUCCCUGUUGGCUAGCGACGAGGGAGGAAAGGUUACAUCGUAAUAAGCUGGACUGUGUCCAGCUACUCUUUACCUCUCUCUCCCUCUCCCACAUACUCACUGGGUCAAAGGUCAUUGAGCCACUCCAUCCACUCUAUCCCCAGAUUCAGCACCAAUCAAUUCCACUCUCAAUUCACUCAGGCACCCGUUAAAGAAUCAAUGCAGUGCAGGCAAACAAAUAAACUCUAAAAACACCAGUUCUUCUCAUAAAUGAAUUCACUCAAACUUACUCUUUCACUGUUGUUUUGUCUUCUGAGAGCCACAGAACUCCUCUUCUUCUCUCGCUACCCUGUCUCUAACUCACUGCUUUCCCUCUCUCUGUCUCUUUUUUCUCCUUUAUUGAUGGGAAGUCGGCCCUUUUGUCUUCUCCAGAGAUGUCGUGGCAGCCGACAGGCAGCUCAUGUUUGGACAGCCUGAUCACCACUGGCUGAUUCACUUUAGUGACCUUGCCGACAGCUGACGUGAGGAGUUGCAGUGUGUGUGCACCAGAACACUCCUCUUCCUUCCCCAUCCCUCCUCCCGCCUGCUUUCUCAUGUGGAGGGGGAGGAAGAGGAGAGGAGAGCAGUGGAGAGGAGAGGAGAGAGGAGAGAAAAGGGGUAGACAGGGUCUGAUUUGCCAGCUAGUUUGACUGUCAGACUUGGGGGAAGUGGUAGCGUGCAUGGAUGGAUCGUAGAACUGCACCACCAGCUGUGUGCCCUUCUCCAUGUGCCAGUCUCUGCCAGCUGGGUGUCAGAGAGAGGCGUGAGUGCCCCCGGGCUGCCACCGUGGCAUGGGGAGAGAUGACAGAGCCUCUCACAACAACUAGAGACCUCUGUUUCACCUGCCAAUGGACAUCAAAUCCAAACUGACACCAAAGUCUGUUGGCGUGACUUUCUAACUCUCAUUUUCUUGUUACUACUUGUUACAACAAUUUAUCUGUUGUUGAUUUCCCCAUGACGGAGAACCACAUCGAUACCUCGAUAUCUCUGUUCGUCUUUACCUCCCUCCAUCCCUUGGAGUCCAAAUGUGGCAGAGUGUUUCAUUAAGGGGAGAUUUAGCUGCUUAGCUGCUAUUAUCUCCCACACAUCUCGUUGGCACUCGCUAACUUGUGUGAUCCUCCAGCGUGUUCUCUAAUUAGACCUAUUCUCAUCAUCAUCAGCAGCAACAUCAAACCUCAUCCCACCAGGCAUCUGAUCUCUCUAUACCUCUGUCUCUCUAUAUAUAUAUAUAUACACAGUGCCUUUGGAAAGUAUUCAGACCCCUUGACUUUUUCCACAUUUUGUUACGUUACAGCCUUAUUCUAAAAUUGAUUAAAUAAAAACAUGUUCUCAGCAAUCUACACACAAUACCCCAUAAUGACAAAGCAAAAACAGGCUGUUAGAAACGUUUGCAAAUGUAUAGAAAAUCAAAAACAGAAAUACCUUAUUUACAUAGGUAUUCAGACCCUUUGCUAUGAGACUCGAAAUUGAGCUCGGGUGCAUCCUGUUUCCUUUGAUCAUUAUUGAGAUGUUUCAACAACUUGAUUGGAGUCCACCUGUGGUAAAUUCAAUUGAUUGGACAUGAUUUGGAAAUAUAAGGUCCCACAGUUGACAGUGCAUGUCAGAAGGAAUUGUCCGUAGAGCUUCGAGGCACAGAUCUGGGGAAGGGUACCAAAACAUUUCUGCAGCAUUGAAGAUCUCCAAGAACACAGUGGCCUCCAUCAUUCUUAAAUGGAAGAAGUUUGGAACCACCAAGACUCUUCCUAGAUCUGGCCACCCGUACAAACUGAGCAAUCGAGGUAGAAGGGCCUUGUUCAGGGAACCCAUUGGUCAGCUGUAGAGUUCCUCUGUGGAGAUGGGAGAACCUUCCAGAAGGACAACCAUCUCUACAGCACUCCACCAAUCAGGCCUUUGUGGUAGAGUGGCCAGACGGAAGCUACUCAGUAAAAAGCACACGACAGCGAGUUUGCCAAAAGGCACCUAAAGACUCUCAGACCAUGAGAAACAAGAUUCUCUGGGGCGAAGGUUCACCUUCCAACAGGACAACGACCCUAAGCACACAGCCAAGACAAUGCAGGAGUGGCUUCAGGACAAGUUUCUGAAUGUCCUUGAGUGGCCCAGCCAGAGCCCGGAUUCGAACCCGAUCGGACAUCUCUGGAGAGACCUGAAAAUAGCUGUGCAGCAGCUCCCCAUCCAACCUGACAGAGCUUGAUAGCUUGAGAGGAUCUGCAGAGAAGAAUGGGAAGAACUCCCCAAAUACAGGUGUGCCAAGCUUGUAGCGUCAUACCCAAGAAGACUUGAGGCUGUAAUUGCUGCAAAAGGUGCUUCAACAAAUGACUGAGUAAAGGGUCUGAAUACUUAUGUAAAUGUCAUAUUUCCGUUUUUUAUUUGUAAUACUUUUGCAAAAAUGUCUAAAAACCAGUUUUCGUUUUAUCAUAUUAUGGGGUAUUGUGUGUAGAUUGAUGAUAAUUAUUUAUUUUUUAAUCAAUUUUAGAAUAAGGCUGUAACGUAACAAAAUGUAAAAAAAGUCAAGGGGUAUGAAUACUUUCCGAAUGCACUAUAUAUCUCUCCAUCUCUCCACACAGUGAGAAACACAUUUUAACUGAGUAAUCACAUUGAUUUACAUUGUUUUAUUGAGAAGAGAUACACUGAGUAUACCAAACAUUAGGAACACCUUGAGUUGCAUUCGCGUGGCAGUGUUACCUGCAUGAAGGUUAGCUCCUUUCCCUGUAAUUAACCUCUCCACUCUCCACUUAAAUACUCAUUUGUUUCCUUUCUGCAAAUUGCAUUUCAUUUGCAUCAGUUUACUCUAUUUAGCUGUCAACUGUUUACUUGACAAAACCAAGCUGCAAGAAUACCAUACUGCUUCCUGAUGCAGGGGAGAUGUUUGCAAUGUUAAACUCCUGAUCCUAUAUGGAAGUUAAGAUUAAAUACAGGGUAUUCGCUGAUUCCACUUCUAUGAUAUAUUAAGGUGUUAUCACCCAUGUUCCCUCUAAUCUGCACACGUGCGGGGGCGCGCAGUAGACCCAAGACUGCCUUGCAGCUCCCCGGGACAGCCGUGCAGAGCGCAGAAGAACUAUCAGACCCAUGAGAGAAGCACGAGAUUGAACUUCACUCAACUUUCUAGAUUUCUCCCUGUUAGUUAACACUAUCAACGUUUCCCUUUACUCUGGCAAUUGUGAUCGAAUCAACGCAAUAUUAGCCACUUUCAAUGCAACAUACCGAAACAAAACAAACUAUGCAAGAGAUUUUGUUGUAGGCCGAACACAUCGGAGUAGGAUUCUAUUGUGCAUGACUCAGCCAGUACUCUACACAGACCGGUGCGGCAUAACCAAUCAGAGCUGCAGUAGGCCUAUAUGCAAAUAGACCAUUGCCAUAUAUGGACCUGUGCCAUUUACUUUGAACUGGACUGUGUUUACAGCUGUGGUCGUGAGUAGAUGCGCUUGUUUUGAGAUCAAAGCAAGAGCUGCAUGUAGCCACGUGUGCAAAUGUUGUUAAUAUCCUUUGCUAGUUAGUGAGUUAUUAGCCCAGUUAUAGUCAUUUGUAGUCAGCUAUAGGGGAGGGAUUGCUUCCUACGAGAGCACAAAACAUACAUUUCUAGACAUCUUUGAAAAAGUGUUGUAUUUUGAGACUGGCUUGAAUAAGCAAAGUAGCCAAUAGGCAGAGGUUAGCAUAAUUUGUCUGAUUCUCUGUAAUAAUGGUAUGGGAAUAGUAAUGCAUUUUAUGUUGUAAAGUGGUUUCUUGCAUCAAACAACACAAAAACAUUUCCAGUCACCUCCUUGUCUGAAGGACAAGUGGAUAAGCAGGUUAAUGUCAAGCCCUGCAUGUUUUUUUCAAAGGUCUAAUGGAAUGUAGGCCUACAUUGAACACCAUACAUUGACUGCUACUGCAGGCUGAAUGAUAGAACAGCUAUUUCCAUGUUAAAUUGUUAUGGGAUGUUUUUUCUCCAUUGUUUUUUAUGGUAGGCCACUCUGGUAUGCCUACAUUAUGAUCAAAUAGCCACAGUAGUUUACUUGGCCACUGUUAAAACUGUAACUUAAAGCGGGUACAGCCUCAGUGUUCACAGGAAACGCGCGCUGGAAGUUGUACAGAAUUUUCACAACGUUCAAGUUGGCGCUCAGCAGACCUGAAAUUUGCUCAGUGCCGAAAAAAAUGAGAGGUAACAUUGGUUAUCACUAUGGGAUUAGAUAUGUUGUAAUAGUUUCUACUGUGUGUCUCCAGGUACUCAAAGCUGUCUGACCCAGCUAACUGGCUGAGGAUCAACAGGACCAACGGUCAGAUCACCACCAUGGCUGUGCUGGACAGGGAGUCCAUGUACGUCAGGAACAACAUAUAUGAGGCCACCUUCCUGGCUGCCGACAAUGGUAAGUCUGGGAAGUGAGUGUGUGUGUGUUUGUGUGUGUGUGUGUGUUGCCUGCUCAAUGCAUCCCUUGUGUACUUGGGAGAGAAGUUAAAUAUCUGUCUAAAUGUGCCACAGGUGCGUGCUCUCAAAGCUGCUGUAGCGAUCGGUGAAGUACUCUAAAACCAAUCGACCCAAACCAUUACAAAUAGAGGUUAGUGCUCUGUGUUUGACAGGGAGGGCCCAGGUGGUUUUGUACAACAGAGAUAUGAAGGAUUGGAUUGCAGGAAUGAGGUGGGUUGCCCUCGAGCGUGCAGAGUUUAGGCCAACAAGCUGUUGACUGUCUAUUGAUUUCAAACACCAGUCGACACAGGGAUAUAUUCCACUUUGAUUGAGUUUUGCUUUUAUUUAUUCUGCUCCACCAAGGAGGGAGCUCAACAAAGCGCCAAGCCAAUCGUUACAGACAAGCAGUCGAUGGGGGUGCUCUGCUGUGCUGAGGCAGUAGACCUUUACAUACUGUAGCUGUAAGUCAUGCAUUGCAUUACUCUCUAAUAGAAGAAACAGUUGGAUCUCCUCAGUGUGAUGAGCUUGGGUGAACUGCAUUCAUGCAGAGAGUGCAGCAUCCGUUACUUAGCAGAAAAUACUCCAUGGUAAUCAGUCAGCUAUACAAGGCUGUUAGUCUUUUUGUCACGGACUGUAGGUUAGGGUGUGUUGUCAUAGCGUCAGAGUCUGACUGUACAUUAGGAUGUGUUUGUUGUCAUAGUAUAUUGUAGGUUAGGGAGUGUUGUCAUAGGGUCAGAGUCUGACUGUACAUUAGGAUGUGUUUGUUGUCAUAGCAUAUUGUAGGUUAGGGUGUGUUGUCAUAGGGUCAGAGUCUGACUGUACAUUAGGAUGUGUUUGUUGUCAUAGCAUAUUGUAGGUUAGGGUGUGUUUCUCCUCAUUUUAACAACAGCCCCUGUGUGCUGUGUGAGGGAGAUAUGUGGUGCUUUCCAGUAAAGUCAUUUCAUAACUGUGUCCUCUGAGAGUGCUGAGCUCCAGACUCACACAGAGUGAAAUAUUUAUGUGCCGUUUCAUUUGUUAUGGCUGUCAUCACUGGGAGCAUUCACAAUAAAUGCAUGCUGUAUUCUUCCAUCACUCUCAAACCCUCCCUCAAUAUUCUCUCAGCUCCUUCAUUUCCCAUCCCUCUGUCCCUUUGCUGUCUUCUAUUUUUAUUAUAUUUCUCCUCUUCAGAUGAAAGUGGUUUUUAGGUACUGUAUAUGCAUGAAGUUACCCUCUUCCUCGAAUUGAUUACAUUUCUCUCACUUUCUUCCCUCUAUAUUUCUCUCCUCCCCCCCUCCCCCCAUCUGUCUCUCUUUUUCCUCUUUCUCUCCUCCGCCCUCCUCUCCCACCCCCUUCCCCCUCUCUCAGGCUCUCCCCCAGCCAGUGGGACAGGUACUCUACAGAUCCAUCUGAUAGAUGUGAAUGACAACGCUCCAGUGCUGAUGCCCAAGGAGGCCCAGGUGUGUGAACGCGCCAGCCCCCGCUCCAGGGUCAACAUCACAGCCUCCGACGCCGACGCUGACCCCCACGUGGGGCCUUUUGUGUUCGAGCUGCCUUCCUACCCCCCUAGCGUCCGACGCAACUGGACCGUCUCCCGCAUAAGCGGUAAGACACGGCUAGCCUGUGUUACCAUUAUGAGAUCUUUACCAGAGGUGUAGUGUGUCAGAGUUCAUAUACUGAAGCCUCCUCUCUACACUGUCCCAGUAUGAUGCUUUCUGUUGUUUUAUAUUGUCUAAUGUGUGUGUGUGGAUGCUGGCUCCCUGUGUGUUUGCUGCUGUGUGACAGAUGGCAUGGUGUGGUCUCAGGCUGAUGGACUGUGGUAUAAUGGAGGUCUUACAGUACAUGCCACUAUUCUCCCAGCUCUGUCUCAUGUUGACAUAUGAGCUGUGUGCUUUGUGACAGAUCACAUCCAUUCAUCUCUCUGGUCUGAUAGACAAGAUGCCACCCCUACAGAUUAAUCUAUGACACUAUUUCUUUUAACAAUCCGAUACAACUGAGGGCUAUGUUUUUGGUAUAAGACCGUGAGGUAGUCAGGUCUAGGUGAUCCGUUUGGCAUUCCCGUUUGGCAUGCCUCUUAAAUAGAAAAUAACUCGACUCUAAAGUCAAGAAAUAACUGAAACGUUAUGUUGGCAACUACAUGUUAUGGCAAAUACUAGAUCAAGAAGUGGAGACAAACAAAUACAGUGAAACAACGCGACCAUUGACCAAGUAGCUGAAGAACCGACUAAAGUGAGUUUAGAGAUACUACUAAUAGAAAUUCGAACUGGCAAUGAGAAACUGUCCAAGCAGAUGAAGAAAAUAUCAGAUGAUGUCAAAAAAUCUACACUGAUAUGACUGACCUGGGCAAACGCGUGGCGAAGGCUGAAACCGGGUUAACUAUGGAGAAAAUCGCACUGGAAAAGAUCCAGAAAACCGUGGAUGAACAAAAAUACAUAAUUACGGGGCUUAAUGAAAGAUAAAACGGGAUGGAGGACUUCAGUCGCUGUUCAAAUCUUCGUUCCGUAUAUUUCCCCGAAAGCCAUGUAACAACCGAAAUGGAAGAAUUCCUGGAAAAGGUAAUACCAGAACUACUGGGCCAGAAGAACGUCACACGGGCUCCCACAAUUGAACGAGCACAUCGAACAGGCGGCCCGAGAGGUGACACAUCACCCUGAAAUCAGCAAAAGAAGCUACCCGAUUCCUGGAUAACCUGGACAAGGAGAACAGUGGAAAUGGCAAUUAAUGAAAUGUAUAGACUACAGGACAGCCUCUCAACAGAAGAUGUACGACAGAUGGGGCACUGGACUAUUGAACUGUUUAGGCUACUGAAAAGAGGUGAACGAUGGACUGUUACAUCCCACCACAUCAAAGACACAAAAGAGAAAGGUAUGUGUUGUUAAUGCCUUCACUCACAUGCCUAUUGGAAAGACAAUCACAGCACCACUCAGGCGAUCUGUCUACAGUGGGGGAAAAAAGUAUUUAGUCAGCCACCAAUUGUGCAAGUUCUCCCACUUAAAAAGAUGAGAGAGGCCUGUAAUUUUCAUCAUAGGUACACGUCAACUAUGACAGACAAUUUGAGAGAAAAAAAAUCCAGAAAAUCACAUUGUAGGAUUUUUUUAUGAAUUUAUUUGCAAAUUAUGGUGGAAAAUAAGUAUUUGGUCAAUAACAAAAGUUUCAAUACUUUGUUAUAUACCCUUUGUUGGCAAUGACACAGGUCAAACGUUUUCUGUAAGUCUUCACAAGGUUUUCACACACUGUUGCUGGUAUUUUGGCCCAUUCCUCCAUGCAGAUCUCGUCUAGAGCAGUGAUGUUUUGGGGCUGUCGCUGGGCAACACAGACUUUCUACUCCCUCCAAAGAUUUUCUAUGGGGUUGAGAUCUGGAGACUGGCUAGGCCACUCCAGGACCUUGAAAUGCUUCUUACAAAGCCACUCCUUCGUUGCCCGGGCGGUGUGUUUGGGAUCAUUGUCAUGCUGAAAGACCCAGCCACGUUUCAUCUUCAAUGCCCUUGCUGAUGGAAGGAGGGUUUCACUCAAAAUCUCACGAUACAUGGCCCCAUUCAUUCUUUCCUUUACACGGAUCAGUCGUCCUGGUCCCUUUGCAGAAAAACAGCCCCAAAGCAUGAUGUUUCCACCCCCAUGCUUCACAGUAGGUAUGGUGUUCUUUGGAUGCAACUCAGCAUUCUUUGUCCUCCAAACACGACGAGUUGAGUUUUUACCAAAAAGUUCUAUUUUGGUUUCAUCUGACCAUAUGACAUUCUCCCAAUCCUCUUCUGGAUCAUCCAAAUGCACUCUAGUAAACUUCAGACGGGCCUGGACAUGUACUGGCUUAAGCAGGGGGACACGUCUGGCACUGCAGGAUUUGAGUCCCUGGCGGCGUAGUGUGUUACUGAUGGUAGGCUUUGUUAUUUUGGUCCCAGCUCUCUGCAGGUCAUCCACUAGGUCCCCCCGUGUGGUUCUGGGAUUUUUGCUCACCGUUCUUGUGAUCAUUUUGACCCCACGGGGUGAGAUCUUGCGUGGAGCCCCAGAUCGAGGGAGAUUAUCAGUGGUCUUGUAUGUCUUCCAUUUCCUAAUAAUUGCUCCCACAGUUGAUUUCUUCAAACCAAGCUGCUUACCUAUUGCAGAUUCAGUCUUCCCAGCCUGGUGCAGGUCUACAAUUUUGUUUCUGGUGUCCUUUGACAACUCUUUGGUCUUGGCCAUAGUGGAGUUUGGAGUGUGACUGUUUGAGGUUGUGGACAGGUGUCUUUUAUACUGAUAACAAGUUCAAACAGGUGCCAUUAAUACAGGUAACGAGUGGAGGACAGAGGAGCCUCUUAAAGAAGAAGUUACAGGUCUGUGAGAGCCAGAAAUCUUGCUUGUUUGUAGGUGACCAAAUACUUAUUUUCCACCAUAAUUUGCAAAUAAAUUCAUUAAAAAUCCUACAAUGUGAUUUUCUGGAUUUUUUUCUCUCUCAAUUUGUCUGUCAUAGUUGACGUGUACCUAUGAUGAAAAUUACAGGCCUCUCUCAUCUUUUUAAAUGGGAGAACUUGCACAAUUGGUGGCUGACUAAAUACUUUUUUUCCCCACUGUAAAUGAAUAACAUUUUAAUGACUAUUGACUAUGCAGCAGAAAUGGCAAACCAUUAAUUGGUAGGCUAUAGCCAUCAACUAUUUAUUUAAAUAACAAGUGAACAAGACACAUGAUGAUUGCUAUGAUCUGGACAAUUAUUUUUGAAUGCUCCCCAGCCGAUAGGCUAUAAAAGCCUGAGUGGGUGGGAAUAAAUUAAAUGGCCCAUAUGUGAAAAAAGACUGGGAGAGAUGAAAUGUCAUACAUCCUAAGAAGCUGAAAUUGUAAACACACAGUACUUUUAUUUCCGUUGCUCUCUUCCUUCCUUCUUUUUAAAACAUUUAAUUUACUGUUGCCCGAAUUAAGGCAUCAUAACGGGAAAAUUGAUAUAUGAAUUGAAAAAUGUCUUAUCAAUGUGGGCAACAUGAUAUCAUCACGUGUUGACUAUCCUUUCCUUUUUUAUUCUCACAUAGAAAGUGCACUGAAUAAUGUUAAUGUUUUGGUUGAAUGAAUUUUGAAGAAACAUGGACAAUUGCUGAGUUUAUAAAAGAGAGUGACAAACAAGCAGGCUAUGUGCACGAAGCCCACAAUUAUGCAUCUUUCAAUCAUUAUUUUCAGCUCUUUGUUGGACAAUUAUAUCGAAAUGAAUUCAUUAACUGAAUCCCAAUGUGGAAUGUACAUGAAAUGUAGCUAGGCCAACUGAACAUGUAGCUGAUACACUCUGGAAAAACAAGUGAAUAAAUGGCACUCGCUUUGCCUUUAACAGUGCCCAGAGCGGACGGAUGUUGCAUUGAUGUUACAAGUCAUUAUACCACCCUGCUCUUAGUGAUCCGCCCGCUCUGUCCCCCGGUGGGUCAAGACGAGUGAGCCCCACAUGUGGUUGUGUGCAGUACAACGGAACUGUAGGCUACUCCAGUGGUUAUAGGCCUACAUCUGUUUGCAUUUAUUUAAUUGGAGAAUUAUAUGGAGAGUUUAACACAUUGUUCUAUUUAAUAUACUAUAAUGAUCCCUAAUGCCUAAAUAAUCAAAUUCAUUUUAUUCACAAUUAACACAGUGAUGGCAAGUGCUUUAUAUGCUGUUUUUCUCAUGUUAUUGACCCUGAGAGGGAUAACCUAUUCCUUUCCUUUGGAAAACAAGAGGUAGGCCUAUCACGCUGGCCAGGACAAAUUAUUCAUAUAUACUUUAGAAGGGUCUCAUCUAUCUCAGAAGGUAGAACCAGCCUUAGACAGGACUCCUUAAUUAUAAUCAUAAUGAUGAUCAUAAUAAUAAUAUAUUUAUUACACAACCAGUCAAAGGUUUGGACACACCUACUCAUUCAAUGGUUUUUCUUUAUUUGUACUAUUUUUUACAUUGUAGAAUAAUAGUGAAUACAUCAAAACUAUGAAAUAACACAUAUGGAAUCAUGUAGUAACCAACAAAGUGUUAAACAAAUAUAUUUUAUAUUUGAGAUUUUUCAAACAGCCACCCUUUGCCUUGAUGACAGCUUUGCACACUCUUGGCAUUCUCUCAACCAGCUUCAUGAGGUAGUCACCUGGAAUGCAUUUCAAUUAACAGGUGUGCCUUCUUAAAAGUUAAUUUGUGGAAUUAGUUCCUUAAUGCAUUUGAGCCAAUCAGUUGUGUUGUGACAAUGAAAGGGGGGGGGGGGGGGGGGGGGGGGGGGGGGAUAUACAGAAGAUAGCCCUAUUUGGUAAAAGACCAAGUCCAUAUUUGGCAAGAACAGCUCAAAUAAGCAAAGAGAAACAACAGUCCAUCAUUACUUUAAGACAUGAAGGUCAGCAAAUACGGAAAAUUGAGACACAUCUUAACGUCAACUGUUCAGAGGGGACUGUGUGAAUCAUGACUUCAAGGUCGAAUUGCUGCAAAGAAACCACUACUAAAGGACACCAAUAAGAUGAAGAGACCUGCUUGGGCCAAGAAACACGACUAAUGGACGUUAUACCGGUGGAAAUGUGUUAUUUGGUCUGGAGUCCAAAUUGGAGAUUUUUGGUUCCAACCGCUGUGUCUUUGUGAGACACGAUGUGGGUGAACGGAUGAUCGCUGCAUGUGUAGUUCCCACCGUAAAGCAUGGAGGAGGAGGUGUUAUGGUGUGGGGGUGCUUUGCUGGUGACACUGUCUGUGAUUUAUUUAGAAUUCAAGGCACACUUAACCAGCAUGGCUACCACAGCAUUCUGCAGCGAUACACCAUCCCAUCUGGUUUGGGCUUAGUGGGAGUAUCAUUUGUUUUUCAACAGGACAAUGACCCAACACACCUCCAGGCUGUGUAAGGGCUAUGUUACCAAGAAGGAGAGUGAUGGAGUGCUGCAUCAGAUGACCUGGCCUCCACAAUCCCCUGACCACAACCCAAUUGAGAUGGUUUGGGAUGAGUCGGACGGCAGAGUGAAGGAAAAGCAUCCAACAAGUGCUCAGCAUAUGUGGGAACUCCUUCAAGACUGUUGAAAAAGCAUUCCAGGUGAAGCUGGUUGAGAGAAUGCCAAGAGUGCGCAAAGCUGUCAUCAAGGCAAAGGGUGGCUAUUUAAAGAAUCUCAAAUAUAUAAUAUAUUUUGAUUUGUUUAACACUUUUUCGGUUACUACAUGAUUCCAUAUGUGUUAUUUCAUAGUUUGAAUGUCUUAACUAUUAUUCUACAAUGUAAAAAUAAGAAAAACCCUUGAAUGAGUAGGUGUGUCCAAACUUUUGACUGGUACUGUACAUGUUUUUGGAAAUACAUUUAAGUAAUGAAGUACUCCCAACUCCCAUCUGAGAAGCUCUUAAAGCAUAUACAAGAGGUUGUAUCAUGUCUUACCUUUCACAUAAGAAAAAUAAUACCCAUAAAGAAUUAGAAAUACUAGAACAGAAAAUCCACGGCUUAGAAGGAAAACACAGUUUAGAUAGAAAUGCUAACACCCUUCAACAAAACACAGUUUAGAUAGAAAUGCUAACACCCUUCAACAAAACACAGUUUAGAUAGAAAUGCUAACACCCUUCAACAGUUGAACACUUUGAAGCUCGAAUGUAACACAAUAAACACCUGAUCUGCAGAGAUUGCUUCCAUGAAAUCCUAGCAACAAUAUGUUGAGCAAGGUGAAAGUGCAGGGAAAAUACUUGCUUGGUAAAUUAAGAAAGAGGAAGAGAAACAUACUGUACCAUCCAUAGCAUUCAAACCCCAGAUGGUAGCAUAAUAAUCGAUCCUUCUGAAAUCAACUCAGUAUUUAAAAUAUUUGAUCACAAACUGUAUCAAUCUUAAAACAAAAGUUAAAAGGAGGAUAUAUACAAUUUUCUUAAUAAGGCCAUUUUAAUUAUAAGUGAACCUGAGAAAAUGAAUAUGGAUAGAAACAUUACCCCAGGUGAAUUGUUGGAGUCCAUCAAUAAUCUACAAAAUAGGAAAUCUCCUGGUAAUGAUGGAUUCCCAGUGAAAUGUAUAGACACUUCCAUUCCAAAUGACUAAAGCCUAUGUUACUUAUGCUCACAGCAGCUCUAGAGAAAAAUGUACUUCCCCAGUCACUAUGUUUGGCUACAAUCACCCUACUUAAAAAGAAAGAUAAGGAUCGAUUGUCAUGCGGAUCUUUCCGCCAUUCAUGAAUGUGGAUUACAAAAUCAUUGGUAAAGUAUUGGCUUUUCGCAUAGAAACAGUAACACAAAAGUUGAUUCACUCAGAUCAAACCGUAGUUUAUACAGAACAGGAUAUCUUCAGACAAUCUCUGCCAUUUUUUCAAUAUAAUCCAUCAUACCAAGAACUUGAAUGCUCCAAAAGUGGCAGUACCAAUAGCUGCUAAAAAAAGCAUUCGAUAGGGUGGAAUGGGCAUAUUUGGUGACUGUCUUAAUAAAGUUUGAUUUUGGUCCGUUAUUUAUUUCCUGGAUUGAGCUAUUGUACAAAUCCCCCAAAACAUCUAUACAAACAAAUGGACAGAUCUCUGAAUCAAUUAGCAUCAGUAAUUAGAACUCAUGGCUCAAUCCUGGGCAUAGAGAUUGGUGGAGAUCAACAUGUAAUAUCAUUGUAUGCAGAUGACAUUUUACUUUAUUUAUCUGAACCAGAACAUUCUCUGUCAUUUAUUUUACUACUGUUGGACACAUAUGGUGCUGUAUUUAAAGUGAAUUGGGAGAAAACUGAAAUAAUGCCAAUUUCUAAUUAUACUUCUCAAGCAUAGAAAGUACAUUUAAGUGGACAUGGACAAAGUCACAUAUGAAAUACCUGGGUGUACUGAUACCAUGCAAUCUGGAGGAGGUAUACAAAAUCAAUUACUUUCCUUUAAUAGAUAAGAUUGAAUCCGAUGUUCAGAGUUGGAGAUCUCUCCCAAUUUCUAUGUUAGGUAGAGUCAACAUAAUCAAAAUGAAAAUAUGACCAAGAUUGAUGUAUUUAUUCCAGGCCCUGCCAGUUUCAAUUCCAUCCAACCUUUUUAAUAAAAUAAAUGGCCUGCUCUCCAACUUUAUUUGGAAUGGAAAGACCUCAACACUCAAAUUGACUGUUUUACACUUGCCUUAUACAGUUGAAGUCGGAAGUUUACAUACACUUAGGUUGGAGUCAUUCAAACUCAUUUUUCAACCACUCCACAAAUUUAUUGUUAACAAACUAUAGUUUUGGCAAGUCGGUUAGUAAUUUUUCCAACAAUUGUUUACAGACAGAUUAUUUCACUUAUAAUUCACUGUAUCACAAUUCCAGUGGGUCAGAAGUUUACAUACACUAAGUUGACUGUGCCUUUAAACAGCUUGGAAAAUUCCAGAAAAUGAUGUCAUGGCUUUAGAAGCUUCUGAUAGGCUUAUUGACAUCAUUUGAGUCAAUUGGAGGUGUACCUGUGGAUGUAUUUCAAGGCCUAGCUUCAAACUCAGUGCCUCUUUGCUUGACAUCAUGGGAAAAUCAAAAGAAAUCAGCCAAGACCUCAGAAAAAGAUUGUAGACCUCCACAAGUCUGGUUCAUCCUUGGGAGCAAUUUCCAAAUGCCUGAAGGUACCAAGUUCAUCUGUACAAACAAUAGUACGCAAGUAUAAACACCAUGGGACCACGCAGCCGUCAUACCGCUCAGGAAGGAGAUGCGUUCUGUCUCCUAGAGAUUAACGUACUUUGGUGUGAAAAGUGCAAAUCAAUCCCAGAACAACAGCAAAGAACGUUGUGAAGAUGCUGAAGGAAACAGGUACAAAAGUAUCAAUAUCCAUAGUAAAACGAGUCCUAUAUCUACAUAACCUGAAAGGCCGCUCAGCAAGGAAGAAGCCACUGCUCCAAAACCGCCAUAAAAAAGCCAGACUACGGUUUGCAACUGCACAUGGGGACAAAGAUCGUACUUUUUGGAGAAACAAAAGUAGACCUGUUUGGCCAUAAUGACCAUCGUUAUGUUUGGAGGAAAAAGGGCGCUGCUUGCAAGCCGAAGAACACCAUCCCAACGUGAAGCACAGGGGUGGCAGCAUCAUGCUGUGGGGGUGCUUUGCUGCAGGAGGGACUGGUGCACUUCACAAAACAGAUGGCAUCAUGAGGAAGGAAAAUUAUGUGGAUAUAUUGAAGCAACAUCUCAAGACUUCAGUCAGGAAGUUAAAUCUUGGUCGCAAAUGGGUCUUCCAAAUGGACAAUGACCCCAAGCAUACUUCCAAAGUAAUGGCAAAAUGGCUGAAGGACAACAAAGUCAAGGUAUUGGAGUGGCCAUCACAAAGCCCUGACCUCAAUCCUAUAGAACAUUUGUGGGCAGAACUGAAAAAGGCGUGUGCGAGCAAGGAGGCUUACAAACCUGACUCAGUUACACCAGCUCUGUCAGGAGGAAUGGGCCAAAAUUCACCCAACUUAUUGUGGGAAGCUUGUGGAAGGCUACUCAAAACGUUUGAUCCAAGUUAAACAAUUUUAAGGCAAUGCUACCAAAUACUAAUUGAGUGUAUGUAAACUUAUGACCCACUGGGAAUGUGAUGAAAGAAAUAAAAGCUUAAAUAAAUCAUUCUCUCUACUAUUAUUCUGACAUUUCACAUUCUUAAAAAAAGUGGUGAUCCUAACUGACCUAAAACAGGGAAUUUUUACUAGGAUUAAAUGUCAGGAAUUAUGAAAAACAGAGUUUAAAUGUAUUUGGCUAAGGUGUAUGUAAACUUCCGACUUCAACUCUAAAUGUAAUACCUUAUGAUUAUUUAAGAUAAUUCAUAGGACUGACAGAAUGCAUGUAACGCACCCAGAAAUGUCACAUUUUGGUUGGAGAUGCAAAAAGCACAAAGGAACCCUAUUACAUAUGCUGUGGUUCUGUGAUAAACUGACAUUUUGGGAUAAUGUAUGUGCUAUCAUUUCAUUGUGUCUAGGAAUUUAUAUACAUUUCCACCUGUUGGGAAAUGUAAAUAUUGGUGUUUUGUAAUCUAGGUCUAAUUAUGGUCCUCUGUAGCUCAAUUGGUAGAGCAUGGCGCUUGUAACGCCAGGGUAGUGGGUUCGAUCCCCGGGACCACCCAUACGUAAAAAUGUAUGCACACAUGACUAAGUCGCUUUGGAUAAAAGCGUCUGCUAAAUGGCAUAUUAUAUUAUAUUAUUAUUAAUUGCUGCAACAAAAAAAUGUAUAGCCAUAAAUAAGAACGCCUCAUAUUCACCCUCAAUAACAAACUGGAGGACUGAACUAUCUAGCUACAUACUGUUGGAUUUUGUAUAUUAUAAAGCUAAACAAAAACCGGAAGUGUUUGACGAAAUUUGGAAACCAUAUGUUGAUCACCUCGGGGAAUGUGUUGUAUAGUGUGCAUUUUGUUUCUGUGUUUUUGUGUUGUUUGUGAGGUGCUAUAAAAAAAAAAGUAUACUCUGGUUUUAGUUUGAAUGGAUAUGCUGUGCUGUAGGUGCGUGUGUAUUUAGCUAUAGUUACUGCCUGUGUAUUAUUCAGUAGGUAUUUGCAUGUACUGUAUCUCUGCAGUACUGCUCACAUGGCUAUAGAUUACUACAGUAAAACUCCAGUGGUCAACUGUUUAUAUUCUAAACCACUUCUAUCUGAUACUGUGAGCUUCAAGCAGUGACAGGACAUUGUGUCUGUGUGAUUAUGUGCAGGUGACUAUGCCCAGCUGAGACUGAGGAUUCCCUACCUGGAUGCAGGGGUGUAUGAUGUUCCCAUCAUCGUGUCGGACUCUGGGAACCCGCCCCUCUCUAACAGGUCCAUUAUAAAGGUCAAGGUAUGUCCGUGUGACGACAACGGAGACUGUACUACCACCGGAGCUGUAGCUGCCGCUGGACUGGGGACCGGAGCGAUCAUAGCCAUACUCAUCUGUAUCAUCAUACUGCUUAGUGAGUAUAAUACACACUUAUACACACUUAUAUAUUCACACACACACACACACACACCUGUGCUGUAGGCGUCAUUGUCUGUGUCAACAUACUACACACACAACUUCUAAUGUAUCCAUAUUCCCAGCACUCCUCUGUCUACCCUGCUGAUGUGCUGUUCUGUGUGUGUUGCAGUCAUGGUGCUGGUGUUUGUGAUGUGGAUGAAGCGGAGGGAGAAGGAGCGUCAGGCCAAGCCACUGCUGAUUGACCCAGAGGAUGACGUCAGAGACAAUAUCCUGAAAUACGAUGAGGAGGGAGGAGGAGAGGAGGACCAGGUCAGUGAUAUAUACACAUUACACAUGCACUAAGACUUCAUUUAACAACAAAGCCAUACUUUUAGUCAUGAUGAUGACGAUGAUGACCACACCGAUGAUGAAGAUGAUGAUGAUGUAAUGUUUACAAAUACUGUGAUUGCACUCAGACACUUUCUCCGCCAUUCUUACACUUACACUGAGUCUCCUUCCUUGCCCGGUGUUGCAGGACUAUGACCUAAGCCAGCUGCAGCAGCCCGAGGCUCUGGACCACAUUAUCUGUAAACCAGCGGGGGUGCGCAGGGUGGACGAGAGGCCUGUUAUCGCUGAGUCCCAGUACCCCGUCAGACCCAGCCUGCCUCAUCCCGGAGAUAUCGGAGACUUCAUCAACGACGUAUGUUAACUAUUAGACAUUGUUCAUCUCGAAAGAUCAUACAAGUGUGUUAAUGUUCACGUUCCUGUACUAAACAGUGAUAGCUUUUCAAAAGUUUUCAAACACAGUAGCAAGCCAUUGAUAUCAGUCUUUUGCCUUCCUCUCUUCAGUGCUAACUAAUCCUCUCUAUCUCUCUCUCUCAGGGUCUGAGAGCGGCAGACAACGACCCCACAGCCCCGCCCUAUGACUCCCUGCUGGUGUUUGACUACGAGGGCAGCGGCUCCACGGCCGGCUCUGUCAGCUCCCUCAACUCCUCAAGCUCAGGAGACCAGGACUACGACUACCUCAACGACUGGGGCCCCCGCUUCAAGAAGCUGGCUGACCUCUACGGCGGAGGAGACGACGACUGA